AUGGCGACGGAUGAAUCGGUGAUGGCGACGGAUGGAGCGGUAAUGGCGGCCAGUGACCUUACCACGGUCCUGGAGAUGGCGACUGUCGACCUUCCGACGACCUGUGAUGAUGGCGCCGGUCUCGGAAUGGCGCCGAUCAAGCUGCGGAAAUGGCGUGCAGCGACGAAAAUUUCGAUUCACCCGUUCAACGACAAACAUCAAGCAACAAUGACUGGUCGUGGCAAGGGAGACAAAGCUCUUGGAACAGAAGGCGCUAAGCGUCUGCGUGUUAACAUCCAGGGUAUUACCAAGCCUGCCAUCCGUCGUCUGGCUCGACGUGGUGGUGUCAAGCGUAUUUCCGGCUAUAUCUACGAAGAAACCUGA